CCACUUUGUACAUGCAGUGAUGCUAUACAUGAGUAAUGUACUUUCAGUGGAGUUUUGACCGCAGUUUUCUCUCAAGGAAAAAACAGCGAAGAAAGUGCCAAUGAACGAGGUAGCAAGAACCCACUACAAUUUAAAGGACCAUAAAAGGAAGGAACCGAUAAACACAGAAUGCCCACCAAGGCACUAGAACCAAGCAGCACCGAAUUCAAGCCCUCCCCAUGGGCUUAAAUUAACCAAUCCUUAAGUGCCUCCUCGGUAAUCUCUUUUUGCAUGCUCUGCACUUUUAGCUAAACACCCCUUUGCUUGGCAGGUGAGUUGUCACCCCUUUGCUUUUAGGGCUAUAAAAGGGGAUGUUUGUGAUUGGGUUGAGUGAAAAUCUGCGAAAGUAGAGAUUGAGAGAGUGAAACUCCUUCUUGUUUCUGGGGGUUCCUGGAUUUUGUUGCUGAGAGUGUUAAAAAUGGCAAUCAAUGAGAUUGUGCUAGAGGAGCAACUUAAGGAGACUGGGAAUAGCCUCCUGUACCCUCCAUCAUCCAUUCAUGAGCUUCUUAAUAUGCUUGAUAAACUUGAGUGUUUGCUCAUAAAUGUGGAGCAAGCACCAUCGAGAUCAAUGCAAGAUGCACUUCUAUCCCCCAUGAAGGCCUUAAUUUCUAAUACCCUUUUGAGGAACUCAGAUACGGACGUGAAAGUUUCAGUGGCAUCUUGUAUUAGUGAGAUUACAAGAAUAACUGCACCUGAUGCUCCUUACAAUGAUGACCAUAUGAAGGAAAUUUUUCAGUUGACUAUAGCAGCUUUUGAGAAAUUGUCUCAUGUGUCAAGUCGCUUUUAUACAAAGGCAGUUUCCAUUCUUGAUACUGUUGCAAAGGUCAGGUCAUGCUUGGUGAUGUUGGACCUGGAGUUGGAUGAACUAAUUAUAAAGAUGUUCCAGCACUUCCUAAAGAUCAUUAGGUUCAACCAUCCACAUGCUGUAUUUGUGGCCAUGGAAACAAUUAUGACCCUGAUCAUAGAUGAAAGUGAAGAUAUAUCAGUGGGUCUUCUCACUCCCCUUUUGGCCAGUAUAAGAAAGGAAAAUCAGAGUGUUUCUCCUAUUGCAUGGAAGCUUGGGGAAAAAGUUAUCACUAAUUGUGCUGCUAAACUUAAACCCUAUCUCAAGGAGCUAGUGCAGUCCAUUGGCAUAGCUUUGGAUGAAUAUACUCCAAUAGUUGCUUCUAUAUGCCAGGAUGAGACUCUUACCCUCAAAUGUGAUCAUGUCAAUGCUUCAGGGGAUCAUUUGGUGGCUAAGGGGCUAUCACCCAUUGCUGCUUCUCCUGGAGAAGGUUUCCAAGCUAUGGAUGCUAUUCCCAAGUUAACAACCAAUGGAAACACCUCAACUAGAAAUGCUGACAAUGUCAAUAAUAUUUCCACAAAAGUACUGGAGCAUUGUUCUCUUAUCCAGCAUUGUGAAAGUAAUGAUGCACAAGGUGAUGCAGAACCUGAAGUCAAAUUGGAAAAGGAACGAAGGACUGUCCCAAGGAAAAGGGGGCGGAAACCUAAUUCUUUGAUGAAUCCAGAGGAAGGCUAUGAUCAUUCUUGGAUUUCUUCUGGAAGAAAAGCUGCAAAAUUACGAAGAAAGCCUCGUGACAAGGGAGUAGAUUUAAGAUCAGAAAUUACAGUUCCAAAGAAGGUGUCUCUGUCGUCAGCACAUGUGAGAGAACUCACGGGAUUGAGACCAGAAACUGGUAGUGUCAUAGGUGCUUCUUCUUCCCCAUCACGGGAUCAAAGCCUUAAUGGUGGAAGUCAUCCCAAAAGAGGCCGGCCAAAGAAAAAUGCAAGCUCUACAAAUCAAGGUGCUGAUCCUAGUUCCUUAAAAUUAUUGAAAGGAGAGGUGUUGAAUACUGCAAAUGAGGAGAUAACUCCAGCUGAAGAUGAAGUCAGCUUGAGAAAGCAGUAUGCAAGAAGAAGCAACUCAGAAGUAAAGCAACAGAAGUGCUCAAGUAAAAUUGGACUUGAUGCAAAGACUACUGAAGAGGCAUCUUUGCCUUCUGCUUAUACGUUGUCAGAUGAGAAAGCGGGAUUCCUCAAUGAACAUGAGGAAAAACCAUCCCAGUCGACAAAGAUACGGGUAAGGAACAUCAGAAGAGAGAGCUCACUAUUCCAAACAGAUAUUAGGAAAAGAAGUUCAGUUAGUGGUGUUUCAGAUGUGGCAUCUAAUAUUAAGAAAACCAAAUCAUCUAGAGAUGGAAGUUAUGGGGAAGAAACCCCUAAAGCAAAUUGCAAAAGGAAGCGAACACCAAGGAAGGAAGUGCCUCCUGAUCUUGGUGAGCAAUUGGUUGGUAGCAGAAUAAAAGUUUGGUGGCCGCGGGACAAGAUGUUUUAUGAAGGAGUUCUUGAUUCCUAUGACCCUAUUAAAAAGAAGCACAAGGUUUUGUAUGCUGAUGGGGAUGAAGAGAUACUAAAUCUCGGAAGGGAACGGUGGGAACUUGUUGGAGAUGAUAUUUUGCCUGGUGAACAGGUGCCAGAAACUGAUAUUCCAAAUGCUGAUCCUUCAUCUGAUAAACCAGGAAAGCAAAAGGGGAAGUUGAUUUCAGAGUCCACAAAACAACUGAAAGUUGAUUUCAAAAGGAGUGGAGCUGCCACUGCUUCCAGGAAGAAAGCUAGGAAAUCUAAAGGUGCUGCUGCGCAGGAUGAACCUAUUGUUGCUAACAAAGUAAUGGAUGAUACAUCUAGGCCUGACAAUGGCUCAGAAGGUGAUAGCAAAGAAUCUACUGACAAGUUAAAGAUCAAAACUCUGAGGAUUGGAAUCAACUCGAAGCAGAAAACCCCAGAGACUGCAAGUCCAUCCAGUGAUGAAAAUCGUGAAGGUGGUAAUGAAUUUUGUGUCACAGCCAGACCUAAAGAGGAACACUCUUAAACAAUCUAGUGAAAAAUGAGCAACAGAGUGAAGUGGGAUCUUUGGACUCAGCUGAAACUAGUUAACAGAAACUAAUUAAAGUGUGUACAGAAAGAAAGGAGCGAGAGAUGAGAGGCUAGGAAGCCUUGUAAGUUUUGGUUUGGAGCAGGGAUAGUGUCAGGUUUACCCUCUCUGUGCUUGAGGUUAACAUAAAUCUUGUCUCUAGCCCUCUGAUGUUUUGCAGAACUUAUGUAAAUGCAGUUCAUAGCUUGCUCAAUGCAACCACCAGUUUUCUUAUA